AUGCUUAAACAGAUUUCACUCAGAAUCUUGAGAUUUCAAUCAAUCAUGGUAAGACCUAUGAAACGGUCGAAAAUUAUGGACUCAAUGGGUUCGUCUAUAGAAAAUAAUGCUAUUGAAAAACUGUCACACGUCGCAUUGUCGGAAGAACAGGUAAAUUUGAAGAACGAUGCAUUGAAAUUUGUCGAGGAUCGUCUUGAAAACUACGAUGGGAAACCUUCUAUGUUUGUUAUCCAGGGAGAUGCCGGUACAGGUAAAUCUGUGAUUCUCAAUGUGUUGUUCAACGAGAUACAGCGUAGAGCAAAGUCUAAUGACUGCAUGAAUGACGUUUUGACAGACACUGAUAACUUCCUGGUGGUUAAUCAUCCGGAAAUGUUAAAACUUUACCAUCGAAUUUCGAAACCGUUCCCAUACAUUUCGAAAAGUGCACUCGAGAGACCGACCAGUUUGAUCAAUCGGCUCGAAAAGUCCAAAUUGAAAGCCGACGUUGUGAUUGUCGAUGAAGCACAUCUCUUGGCGACUUCGAAGGACGCUUUCAAGCGGUUUUACGGCGAAAAUCAUUUGCAAGAGCUUAUGAAAUUGGCCAAGGUACUUCUGGUGGUGUACGACGACAAACAAUCACUGCGAAUGGGUUCCUACUGGGAUGAAAACACUAGCGAUGGUUCGACGCUUUCCGGAUUUUUCGAGAUUUUACCCACCGAGAACAAGCAAUGGCGGAAUUUGCAACAGCAGUUUCGAGUUGUGGCAGAAAAUGACACGUUGGAGUGGAUAGAGGCGCUCAGCACUGAGGGAAGAAUCUUAGACUUCCCUAAAUCCGUUAGGUCUGGGAAAUCGAGCUUUGAUUUUCGAAUUUGGGACGACUGUAGUGAAAUGUAUUCGGCUCUUCGGGAGCUGAACGGCAAAAUUGGACAAUGUAGAAUGCUCGCGACCUAUGAUUUCCCGUACCGGCUAGAUGGUAAGGAUUAUUUCGUGACUUGCGGUGACAAUUUCAAAGUGAGAUGGGAUCGGUACGCUCCAAGAGCGGUUCUCCCUUGGAGCGAGAGGCCAGACACUUUUGAAGAAGUAGGAAGUGUUUACACCAUUCAAGGGUUCGAUUUGAACUACGCUGGUGUAAUUUUGGGUCGUUGCGUAGAUUACGACUCUGAAACGGACAGCAUCAAGCUCAUUCCAAGUCUUUACGACGACCACGCAGGCUUUACAAAGAAGAAAAAUAUCAACGAGGUGAAUGACGUCAAGGAGAAGAUUAUAAUGAACAGCAUAAACGUUUUGUUGACUCGUGGUGUUAAGGGUCUUUACAUUUAUGCUUACAAUCCUAACCUGCGGAGACGCUUAAGAGAGUGUGUGGAAAAAUCAUUAUGA